CAGACCAUUCUAUUGGGCCAUUAGAGUUAGAAACUGGACAGGUGUGUUAAUUAUGUCUAUUGCUGCCUGUAAUCUCCUGGUGUGAACUAAUGGGGGUGGAGGAGAUUGGAGUCCAUUUCCUGUUUUAUUGUUUUGGAUACUAAUUAUAUAAUUACCCUACCCCCUGGGGGCAAGGAAAGAUAAAAGGAGUUUAAUAGGUUACUCAUUAAAGCAAUUAAAAUCCACUCUUUUGGAUUUGAUAAAGGAAUGCAGAGAACCCAAGAUUAGGAAAAGCUGUGAUUAGAAUUUUUCUUAUGUGGCAUAUUUUGUUGGAUUUAUUUGAUUUAGAAUGAGGAGUAACAUGUUUUCUUGUGAUUUUGGAGAUGUCUCAAAUAUCUUUGAUAUUUUUAAAAGUCAGGAUUAUUACCCUAAGGAUAUAAAAGAACACUUCAGGAAGAAAACAGAAUCACCCCCAAUCGUGUCCCAUUCUGCAGUACAGAAAUUCGUCAAAAGCUUCAAAAAUAAAUUCAACCGACCAUCGACAAGUUCAUCAUGCAGUCCCAUCAUCAAACAAGAAGAACCGGACAACCAACCCCCCAGAAAAGUACUGAAGUUAGAGGGAGGUCACUGCAGUGUGACAAGGCAGGAAAAUGGCCCUCCGAUCUACGAGGUCAUCUCGGACGAUGAUCUUCCAGACCUGGAGGAGGAAGAUUCCAGCAGUGGGUGGUGGAAGACAGAGAAGGUGAAGAUGGAGAAGGAUGAACACAAGGUGGUGCUGGAGAGUCCAGAAUCCCCUCCCCCCGAAAGUCAGCGGUGCUCGACACCAUUCCAACACCACCUGGAACCUAUCAGAGUGCCCCUGUACGAGGAUAUCUCUUCUGAUGAAGAUUUUAGAGUGGACAUUCCCCAGGAGAGCAGCAGCAGUGUGAUAAUACUGUCUGAGGAUGAGGAGAACUGUACCAUAGUGAUAGACAGUCAAGACAGCCAGGAGGAGAGUGUUCAGGAAUCGCCAAGCAAAAUCACUCACCACCAGGAGAAGAGUGUUCAGGAAACGCCAUCCAAAUUCACUCACCACCAGGACUCGCCAUUCAAGAAACUAGAGAUUCAGCAGAAAACCCUCCCCAGCUCAGAUUCGCCGUCUGCUCCAUCUUCUCCUGGGGUGGAAAAUUUCUUCAACAAGAACACCAAGAAAAAGCUGGCAGAUAUUUUGAAGCGAGUUAGCUCCACCAAGUCCUUGAGUAGCAGCAACCCUAACUCGCCACCGCCUAGGACACAGAGUUUAAAUUCUUUGAGCGCAGUAGCCAAUCAGAACGAGCGACACUUCCUUGAUAUUCUGGAUAACGCUGAAAAUGAGGCAGAUGGAAUGAGAGAUUCUCUGAGCCAUGUGGAAGACAAAAUUAAACCAGAUGUUAAAAUUGGAAAACCACAGAGGAGGCGGAAAGUUCGUGUCAGACGACAGACUCAAGAAACUAGUGAGAAACCGUCCCAAGAAAAAGCCAGCACUAGUGGCCCUUGUGUGCUGGAAGUUUUAAAACCAUUGAGAAUUUCGAUUCUAAGUGAUGAUGUGGAUGGGACAUUGUCAGAUGCACUCAGUAACCUUCAUGUUAACACUAUCAAUAGUUGCUUUGAAGAGGGUACUGCUUUCUUAGACCAGGGACUUCAGUUUAUUCAUGAUUAUUUAGAUAGUCACACAAUUCCGAAAAAUAUAUUCUUGGACAUUCUGAUCAAAGGAUUGUUGGAGAGUAGGGACACACAGAUCAUGUUGAAGUCGUAUAAAAUUUUGUUACUUAUUCAAGAGAAAAAUCCAGAUGUGUUCUCAAAAAUAGACUGGGAAUUGCUAAAAGACUUUAUGAAAGAGCUGUCCAUUGGUGGAGGCUUGUCAAACCAAGCACCCUUGAUUCUUCAUAUGGUGGGUCUAUUCUUGAAAGUCUUGAUUACGUCAUUCGAAGAGGAGCUUCAUAGCAUUGACUUAAGGGACCCAAGGAAGCUUAGACAGACUAAAGUGUACAAAACACUUUCUUAUGACUGUGGAUAUUUAAAUUUGAAAGAACUAGUCAAUUGGAUCCGGUGUUCUGUAACCAGUGGGGAGUACCCCGAGGUUCAAGAUGCAUUGUAUUUAAGACAAUUGGUGCCUGACCAGGAUCUCAAAGAGCUAAACCUGAAAAGACAGGAAGUGCCCAAAAUCCUCCCUUUAAUGCAGAAACUGUUAUCACUAGGAAUUUCUGUUUCAUCCUCACCUUUAGAAUGUGCCAAACUCGUUAGCUCCGAGUUGCUUAGGACAUACAUAUAUCUCACUAGCAUAAAACAUAAACGCUUACUCAUCGAGACCAUGUGCUCAAAUAUCUUGAGAUUCCGUCUGAUCUCGCUGGUACUGCUGAGUCACUGUGAGGAAACAUUUGAGCCUGGCAGUGACCUUCCUCAGGACUUGAGGAGCAUUUACGAGUGCUAUUACUGUGCCCUCCCUCCUCGAUACUCGCCCUUGACCCCACCCACGACCCCCCAGUCUGACGAUGAGAACGGGUCCGCCACCCCCCAGGCAGCCUACUUCUCUCCCACACAGGUGGAGGAGCUAGCCAUGAUACUAUACUAUGCCACCCAGAGUUAUCUACAUUGUAAGAAAAGAAAAGGCCACAAUACGCCCAGAAGAAAAGCCGUAAUGAGUAAGUCAGAACUGAACAGUUUACCUAGGGAGGAUGACCGUGACCUUCAACAGCUGCCCGCCCAGGUGGAGGAGCUGAGGGGGCACCUACUGACCCUGACCAAUGACCUCACUGAGCCUACUCAACUGUAUCUGAACCUAAUGUUGUGUUUGUGUUAGGAACAUUUUGGUUUACAAAUAGAAUAUCUAGCAGUGUUUUGAGUUAGGGGGCUAUUAGACAUUCAGGCAACAAUAUGGCUGUUAUACAGUGGAGAAAUGUAUUAUGUAAGCAUGUUUCUUGUUGGGAGAGGAAAGUCAGUUUAAUGUUGGCCUUCAUAGUUGACAGAUAGGUUUUGCAUUAAAGGUAGUAUACCAGGCUAUCUCUGCAUUAAACUUCAAAAGACCAAGUCUACACUCAUGAUAGAUAUGUGUAUUGUACCAGAUAUUCUGUUAGACUGCAUGAUAAAUCUAUGAUGCAACACAUUCAUGCUUGGCUAGACACUUGCAGCAUAGAAAUGGAAAUUUUCUGGUGAAAGUGUAUAUUUUACGUGUGUAUGGUUUACAUGUUAAAUAAUCUACACCCUGGAAUGACUUGAAACAUUAUGCAGCUACGUAAACAAUCUGCCAUUAUUACCAUUAUACAUGUUGUAAUAUACUGUCAACCAACUAUUAUUUUCGUCAUCUUUUAAUGCGAUUCCUCAGUUUGAAAUCAAUCCGGGGCAAUUAAUUUUCACAAAUAAAGAAACAUUUUUUUACAAAAACAAAGAAAAAUAAAUGAUUAAUAUUCACGACUUUAAGUAGGUCGCGAAACUCGCGAAUAUUUCUUGCAUGCGAAUAAAAGUUGGUUUACAGUAGUUUUAUUUAGUG